AUGAGCAGGGAGGCGCUCACGGUCGAGCAGCUGGGAGCCGACUCCAGCGGGGCCUUCUACGCCGUCAGAAACAGCCCGAAGGGGGUGAGCCCCGAGCACAGGAUGCUACACCGGUCCACGGCGGGGUUGUGGUAUUGCGAGGGAAAGCGGAAUGGAUGCCCGGCUCAGUACGACUGCUCCCAUAUCGCGGCUGCCAAGGUCGCGCUGACGCAUGGGCAGGUGCAGCGCGCGGAGGGCUUGCUUCUGGACUCUGUUGCCUUGAGCAGGGCGACUCAGUGGAUCGAGCACUGGGAGGGCAGACUGCCGCUGCUCGGUGAGGCCAGCGGUGGCCGGGGAGCUGGGAUGUUUGAAGAGGAGCGACGUCCGCCUGCGGCGAUUGCAACAGGAGAGCAUGGGGGCGUGGAGUGUGCAGGGGGUGAGUGUUGGUGCCGAAAGCACCGGCUGAUCUUUGGGGAGGCGCAGCCCCCCUCGGACGCCAUGGACUCGGAAGGACAGGUGGAACUCGGAGCGAGCACCCCUCAGAGGCAGGUGCGUAGGGGAGCCAGGUAUUGGGCAGAGCACGCCAGCGAGAUGCCGAGGGGCGCACCUCGCAGGGCCGAAGAGCCGCCGGGGGAUGCGCGGGGCAAGGAGGCCGUACAUGGCUGGGUGGCUGCAUGCCAUAGCUGCAGCCUGACUGAGGUGCAGCAGCAGGGGUGCUCCCAUGCGGAGGCGGAGCGCGUACGGGCGCCCAUCAUGCUAUUGGGGACGGAGGCCGCGCAGAUCACCCAACCCAAGCUGAGCAAGCUGGGCGACGCCCUCGAUCAUCAUGAUCCAUUGAUCGGCUGCCUCAAGGCAGGGCCGGUCCGAGUGAGCAAGCUCUGGGACUGUCACUUCCGAGAGCUGAGCGAGCUGGGCAUGCUGAAGGCGCCGUGCCCGCUUCAGCCUCCCCCCUGCGGCGGCGAGUGGGUACUGCACAAGAAGCCGGCCCUCAUCUCAGCCUCCACCUGGUCGCAGCAGGUGGAGACGAAGAUAUACUGCUGCCAGUGCCUUCAUACGGCGCACACGGUGCACUUCUGCGGAGAGCAUCUGGGCCUCUACAGCUGGACUCAGGGGACGAUCCUGGUGCAGGAGAGUUUGCAGCUCAUCCUGAAGGGAAUGCAGCGCUCGGGCACGGCCUUCUCCGCCGAGCUCGGGAGGGAUCAGGAGGCUUUCGCCCGAUCCCCAGGGUCUAUAGUCUUAUCCGACGAGAGCUGGAGGCGGGCGAGCCUGGACUUCUUCAAGCUGGUCGGGCGGGAGAUCUCAGAGUGCUGUACUAUCUGUGGGCCCUUUCCAGAGGUGCUUCUGGUUGACGGGAUAGUGGGCGUGGCGAACUCGGAUGGUGGGAAACGUCCUGGAGGCUUGGGCAGCUCCUCUCUGGAUUGCAGACGGACGUUCGUCCACCCUAGCCGGCAAGCGGGGGGCGAGCUGCUCGAGAGGCAGCCCGUCUCCGGGCGGGACUAUUGCAGCGCCGGGUUGGAGGGGGCUGGAAUGAAACGAAGGCUGGUCCUGCAGCCGGAGCUACGAGAGCUCAUCGCGCGCCUCUCUCAGCAUCGCCCCACGUCAGAGAAGCUGGGGCAACGGCUUUGCGAGGUGGAGUACACGGAGCUGAAAGCCGGGCUGGGGCGGAAGGACGUGCAGGUGGUCCGGCGGUUCAUUCCGGGCGAGGGAGAGCAGCAGCCGGUGGCCGCGGAGACCAGGAGGCGACUGCUCGCGCAGCAGUGCUCACGCAAUGUCAUCCGCCGGUUGCUGCUUGGGGACGAGGCCACCCCGGAGAACCGCAGGCUGCUGGGGGCGCACAGCCCAAUCCUCCGUCGUGUCUUGGAUGCCCACGGCGGGACCCAGUUCCCCCGGUUCUUCCUGCCGGCUCUGCAUAAGCUCUACGAGCUGACCUUGCUUGCGCGAGGGGGGACAGGUUUCGAGGAUGCGGAGCGCGACGGCUGGGUGGUGGCGGCCCUCCGCCCGCUCGGGCAUGCCGUCGAGUUGCAGCGGGUUGCUGCAGAUAGGCCGUUGAACGAGCAAGAGGCGGCGUUACUAACGUAUGCGGCCGCGACCGCUCGCUCUUGGCUGCACGGCGUCGAGACGCUCGAGCCGUCCCCAGCGCAGUGGACGGACAUGAGCCAGCGGGAGCGGGACCUUCUCUGGCAGCGGCUCGGCCUCGACGAGGAGGGGGCCAGGUUGCAUCCGCUUCCGCCGGGACACAGUUUCCGAGCCGAGCAGGAUGCGCUGACGCACUACGCGUUGCCGCCGGGGAGCAAGACGUCGGAGGAGACCAAGUGCAACUCGGGGAAGACGGAGACCGAGUGGGAUGCAGCGAAUACCCCAGGGCUCACGCGAGGUGGCGGCAAGGCGAGCAAGCCCGGAGGUAAACGCCCGAACAAGAGCAGGGGGGCAGUCGUGUUUUGCUGCACCCAUCGCGUGAUCUACGGCUUCCACGUGAUGCUGCGGGGGGAGAGCCCGAGGGACGUCUUCGCGGUCCUCUACACGCGGCUGAACCGGGGGCACCUCCCGAAGUUUCUGGUCUAUGACAACGCCUGCGCGCUGCGAAACUACUCCAUGCGCCGGGAGCCCGCCUUCUUUGCCGAGGUCACCUUCACGGUCGACCGGUUCCAUUACGCAAAAGCUGGUGCGGAAGUCCACAAGUGCGGGCCCAGCAACGCGACGGAGUUCUAUGACGAGCUUCGGUGGGUCAACACGAGCGCGGUCGAGAGCGUCAACAGCUUCUUGAAGCGGUUUAGGACGCUGGGGUGGUACUCGGGGCUGGAGAGCUUCAUGGUAUUCCUCCCGAUCCUUCUGAGCGGCUACAACGUUGACAUGAAGAGGGUGGAUGAUGCCAAGCUGGCGGUAGCUAUGCAGGCGAGGCAGUGGAGCGAUGCCAUCAGGGCAAUGUUUUUAGAAUGA